UUACGUCAUCACGUCGCGCGGCUGCAGAGACUAGAGCCGGGACGACCGCGGCUACCGCUCCAGAGCCUCCGGGUCUGGGCGGCGGCGGGGGCGCUCCGGCUCCGGCUGAGCCGCCUGCUGGCCCCGCGCCCCACCCCCUCCCCACGGGCUGGGGACGGGCCCCGCGCAGCUGGGUGGGCCCGGGAGCGGAGUGGCAGAAUCCAAGGACCCUUUUUGUUUUUUCUCCAUAUUACUUGAUGGGAGGCAUUAUGGCCCCCAAAGACAUAAUGACAAAUACUCAUGCUAAAUCCAUCCUCAACUCAAUGAACUCCCUCAGGAAGAGCAACACCCUCUGUGAUGUGACAUUAAGAGUAGAGCAGAAAGACUUCCCUGCCCAUCGGAUUGUGCUGGCUGCCUGUAGUGAUUACUUCUGUGCCAUGUUCACGAGCGAGCUUUCAGAGAAGGGGAAACCAUAUGUUGAUAUCCAAGGUUUAACUGCUUCUACCAUGGAAAUUCUGUUGGACUUUGUAUACACAGAAACAGUCCACGUGACAGUAGAGAAUGUACAAGAACUGCUCCCUGCAGCCUGUUUGCUUCAGCUGAAAGGGGUGAAGCAGGCCUGCUGUGAAUUCUUAGAAAGUCAACUGGACCCUUCUAAUUGCCUGGGUAUCAGGGACUUUGCUGAAACUCACAAUUGUGUUGACCUGAUGCAAGCAGCUGAGGUUUUUAGCCAGAAGCAUUUUCCUGAAGUGGUACAGCAUGAAGAGUUCAUCCUUCUGAGUCAAGGAGAGGUGGAAAAGCUAAUCAAGUGUGAUGAAAUUCAGGUAGAUUCUGAAGAGCCAGUCUUUGAGGCUGUCAUCAAUUGGGUGAAGCAUGCCAAGAAAGAGCGAGAAGAAUCUUUGCCUGACCUGCUACAAUAUGUGCGGAUGCCCCUACUGACGCCCAGGUACAUUACAGAUGUAAUAGAUGCUGAGCCUUUCAUUCGCUGUAGUUUACAGUGCAGGGAUCUAGUUGAUGAAGCAAAGAAGUUUCAUCUGAGGCCUGAACUUCGGAGUCAGAUGCAGGGACCCAGGACAAGAGCUCGUCUAGGAGCCAAUGAAGUGCUUCUGGUGGUUGGCGGCUUCGGAAGCCAGCAGUCUCCCAUUGAUGUAGUAGAGAAAUAUGACCCCAAGACUCAGGAGUGGAGCUUUUUGCCAAGCAUCACUCGUAAGAGACGUUAUGUGGCCUCAGUGUCCCUACAUGACCGGAUCUAUGUAAUUGGUGGCUAUGAUGGCCGUUCCCGCCUCAGUUCAGUGGAAUGUCUAGACUCCACAGCAGAUGAGGAUGGGGUCUGGUAUUCUGUGGCCCCUAUGAAUGUCCGACGAGGUCUUGCUGGAGCUACCACCCUGGGAGAUAUGAUAUACGUCUCUGGAGGCUUUGAUGGAAGCCGACGUCAUACCAGUAUGGAGCGAUAUGACCCAAACAUUGACCAGUGGAGCAUGCUAGGAGAUAUGCAGACAGCUCGAGAGGGUGCUGGACUAGUAGUGGCCAGUGGAGUGAUCUACUGUCUAGGAGGAUAUGAUGGCUUGAAUAUUUUAAAUUCAGUUGAGAAAUACGAUCCACAUACUGGACACUGGACUAAUGUUACACCAAUGGCUACCAAGCGUUCAGGUGCUGGAGUAGCCCUUUUGAAUGACCAUAUUUAUGUGGUGGGGGGAUUUGAUGGCACAGCCCACCUUUCUUCAGUUGAAGCAUACAACAUUCGCACUGAUUCCUGGACAACUGUCACUAGUAUGACCACUCCGCGAUGUUAUGUAGGGGCCACAGUGCUUCGGGGGAGACUCUAUGCAAUUGCAGGAUAUGAUGGCAAUUCCCUGCUGAGUAGCAUUGAAUGCUAUGAUCCAAUCAUCGACAGUUGGGAAGUAGUGACAUCCAUGGGAACCCAGCGCUGUGAUGCUGGUGUGUGUGUUCUCCGAGAGAAAUGACCAUUGUUAGAGCACCAUCCAGAGCUAGUGACCAGUCCAGAGGACAGAUUGUGGAAGAGUCAAGGAUCCUUUCCAGAAUAUCUAUUUCUCACUGUGUGCACAGAGUGAUUACAAGCACCAGUGCAGUGAUGAUUGUACUUAUUUGAC